AUGUACCUGGAGGACGUGCGUUCCAUCUCCGAGCAGAUGUGCCGCACGCUCGCCUGGUUACACGGAAAGGGGGUCCUCCACCUGGAUCUCAAGCCACAAAAUUUUGUGCUUGAGUCCGGUGGGUACUGCGUCACCUCCCCACCGCUGCAGGCAUCGGGUAGGGUAGGCCUUUGGAGCAUGGAGGAGUUUCGGCUUUGCUGCCCCCAGCCAGCGCAAGAUGGCUCGGCUUGUGUGGAGGCCGGCUUGGCCAGCAAGGCGUACAGCCGACCCCUGGAUGUCCGAGUGCGGCUCAUUGACUUCGGCAUGGCCGCGUACAGUGGCAAGACCGAGCCGCACGCAAUGGGGACGUGGGCGUACCGCAGCCCAGAGGAUCUUCUCGCGCUUCCUUUGUCCGCAAAGUCGGACAUCUUCAGCUGUGGGCGGGCUGCCCAGGGCCUCUUUUUGUAA